AGCCAACACCUUCUUACACUACAGCCUGCCUACAUGGCCCAGCCAAGUUAUGAUCUGAGCCAGGUGGCACAAGAAAGUAGGAUCACAAACUGCGUGGCUUAUUCGCUACUGGGCCUUGCCGUGUAUGAAUAUGUUAUAACGCUGAACCAAGAGAUUGCGGCAGUGUGGAGAAGGAAGCUGACGGCCACUUCACUGCUGUUACUUACCAUCCGGUGGCUCAUGGUAUUAAACCCGUUUCUAUCGGCUGCGCUACCCGCUGAAAGACAAGUCUGGUGUACACCGUAUUACAUAGUGAUAACAUUUGUGUACUUAACAGUUACAUUCCUCAUAUCGGUAUUCUCCGCUUUACGUGUAUACGCGCUCUGGCAAGGCUCGAGGAUGAAAUAUGCCUUCACGGCAAUUGUACUGACGCUUGGGAUAAUCCCACUUGGAACAAACAUCUUCCAUGCAGUGCGCACCUCAAUUACCUACGUGGAUGGCCAGCAGCUCGCCGGAUGUUCCACCUUCACCAACAUACCACCGAAGCUGACCACAGAGUUGCUCUUUCUUACGAGAUGCAGUCUAAUCGCCUCUGACGUUAUCGUCCUUGUGCUGACAUGGACCAAGUCAUUUGCGCAUUGGCGACAGAUGCGGCGAUUCAAGCUCACAUCGUCUAUUUCGUCUGUGCUUCUCAGAGACGGUACCCUUUAUUUUCUUGCGCUUCUAGGCAUGAGCAUUCUACAACUCCUGACCUACUCAACCAGUCUCGUUGGUGAUGGCACCUAUGCGACUGGCUUUAUCCAGUACUUGCCCCCGCUGUUGGUCCAGCGCUUCAUCCUCAACCUCCGCCAGCACGACUAUAACGCUCAGGCCAGUGAAAAUAACUCCGACGCCCAACACGUUUCCCGCCUCACUAUGAGCUUCAGAGUGCCCUCCGAUUUCCUCGGGAAUAUCGGGGAGCCUCUGGACCAUAGCCGCUCUGAGCAGGUUGAUGAUGAUGAUGACGAAGACCACUGCGUAGCGGAAGUGCCAAGAGAAGGGCUCGAGGAGGGGGUAAUUGGACCUUGCUGGGCUGCCGAAUAGACGAGUAUUUUACUCUAUCCCCCCGUUAGGUAGAUUAACGCAGAAACCUUUCAAGCAAGUUUACAAAUGCCGUAGAGCCGUGAACGUAUGGCUAUCAGUGACCACCUCUUAUUGUACUGCCCAACAUAAGUGUCGAAGUGGACGGCUGCCUCUUAUUGUAUUACGUUUGAGCUCUCAUA